GCGGCGGAAUCCACCAUUUUCAUUUCCUUUGUUGUAACAUGAGCUCUAACAUUUCCCCGUCAAGUAUCAAUAAUACGCUAAAUGACAGCAGACCACCAGCUAAUGUCGAACCAUACCGCCGGAAGAAUUCUAGACUACGUAAGUUUAUUAAUCAAUCUUCUUUGACGAUGCAGCGCUAGUCAAUUUUGACUUAAGACGAUAUAAGUCAACAUACUAUCGACGUCUAAAAAAGUACAAUCUGGAUUGGAAGAAGCGUGUAGAAGAAUCAUAUGCGAAAAUUCUUGCAAGUGAACCCCAACCUGAAAUAAUGGCAGGAAACAUGGUUACUCCCCAACAAAUUAUCGUUCCAGUUGAUGUUCCUUGUAAUAGCAUGUCACCUACACCGUCAUUUGAUGACCAUUUACCGAAUGAACAACUGUCUGCAACAGAGGAAGUUGACCAAACCGAGUGCACUCCAGUGGAUUCUGUUCGCAACGUCGUCUACAGAUGCAAGCUGAAUAUGACUACUACUCGUAUUUUGCUGGAAGAAUUAAGACCACAUCAUCUUGAACUGCCGACUGACCCUCGGACAUUGAUGAGGACUAAAGACUUUUUUGAAAGGAGAGCAGUUGGUUCUGGAAUAUAUGUUCACAUUGGUCUUCGUCGUCAGAUUUUAUCUCGGUUACAAAUUGUCAAAUGUAAACUCUCUGUGCCAAUUGCUCUUCAGCUGAACAUUGAUGGUGCCCCAAUUUUCAACAACUCCAAAUUACAGAUGUGGCCAAUACAAGGAAAGUUACUUUUUUCGGGCUGUGACAAGGUAUUCUUGGUAGGAGUCUACUGUGGUUCGUGUAAACCUUUAAGUAUACACAGUUUUUUGAGGGACACUAUCAUCGAAUUAGAAAACAUUUGUGCCAAUGGUGUCACAUUACCCAACAAUCAUCGCAUGGACAUUGUACUUAAGGCCGUCAUCUGUGAUACACCAGCAAGAGCACUAGUUAAGCAAAUAAGUGGUCACAAUUCAACACAAGGAUGCGAUAAAUGUGAGGCUUUAUGCUGUCGUGCUAAUCGUUGCAUGGUUUUUCCUACUACAUGUGCUGCUUUAAGAACAGACAUGUCUUUUCGCAACCAAACUUUGCCAUGUCACCAUAAGGGUAAAUCUCCUUUCGAGAGAUUGCAUGUAGACAUGAUCACAACUUUCCCUAUAGAUAGCAUGCAUCUCAUAUACUUAGGUGUAGUUCGAAAGUUGAUUGGCCUGUGGAAAUCCAUGGCCACAUCUAGGGCAGAUGGCAUGCAUCCGACGAUAUUGAACACUGUUAACUGCAGACUACUCGGCUCACACAAGUUGACUCCUUUUGAAUUCCAGCGUAAAUGUCGAACAUUAGACGACGUUGACCAUUGGAAAGCAACGGAGUGUGGGCUUUUUCUUUUAUAUUUAGGAGUGGUAUACCUUAAGGACGUAUUACCACCCUGCUUUUAUGACAACUUCUUUGAUUUAUUCUUGUCAUGUUACAUCUUAAGUCACCCGGCUUGUUCUUCCUAUUACUUAGAUGACGUGAAGGGGUUAUUAUUGAAAUUCGUUGGGAACUUUAGGUCAUUAUUUGGGGAGGAAAACAUGGUAUACAAUAUCCAUGGAUUACUUCAUAUUUGUGAGGACGUGAAACAGCACGGAUCACUGGACACUUUCUCAUGUUUCCCAUUUGAAUCGAACAUGCGUUUUCUCCAGACUCUAGUCAAAGGUCCCAAUAACCCAGCAGUUCAGAUAGGUAAACGCAUAGGAGAAAGAUGGUUAGUCGAAGCUGAUUCAGCUAAAUCAGAGAUAACACCUAAUAUAUCUGUAAAUGUGUCUAAGCAGACUGCUACGUUUGGCAACUUUAAAGUAAGCUCAUAUCCUCCUGACAAUUGCUUUGUGGUAGGCAAUACAUCAGGAGUGGUUUCAGAAAUUGUAAACGGAAAUCAGUUUCGAUUCCGAGCUUAUAAGAAUCCAAAUAGCUUUUUUAAAAAACCACUAGAUUCCAGGGAUAUUGGGAUAUAUCAGGUAGAUAACUUUGAGGGUGACACAAGUUUACGGGCUUUUAGUGAAAUUCGGGCGAAGUGCA